GGCUGGUUUCUGAUUUGAAAAGCCCCAAAACAGAGCCAGGAAGACGGCGAGCAGGACGUGCAAAACCGCCUCUCUCUGCUUUUUACUUCCUGGUCCUCCCUGGCUGGCUGGCUGCUGUCAGGUAGCUAGCUUCGGGGUGAGUGACGUCGUGCAUUAGACCCGCCCCCGAGCGAAAUGCCAAAGAUGUGGAGUUUCCAAGCUUCAGGCAGUCAUGGGGACAGUCAGCUGAGCAAAGAUGCCGAAGCUAAAGAACCGCUGCUUACUAAUGCUCGCCUGGAGACCAACGUGGACUCGGAUGAUGGUGAUGCUAUUUUUGACAGAACAAUAAACAAAGAAGAUGAGCAUGCCGAGAAACAAUGUACUUUUGAGGAAGCAGUGGAAGAAGCAGGUUUUGGGGUGUUCCACUGGUUGCUGUUGGUGGUGUGCGGUUGGGCCAAUGCCAGUGAUGCCGUAGAGAUCUUGUGUGUGUCUUUUCUGCUACCGACUGCCCGCUGCGACCUGAACCUCUCGUCCUCAGACAUGGGCAUCCUCACUGCCAGCAUCUUCCUGGGGAUGAUGGUGGGAGGCUACAUGUGGGGCUACCUGGCGGACCAGAGGGGGCGCUGUAGGGUCCUGGUGGUGUCCCUCAGUGUGAACGGUGUGUUCGGGGCACUGGCCAGUGUAGCUCCAGGCUUCUGGCUUUUCCUUUUGCUGCGGUUCAUCAGUGGAAUUGGGGUUGGUGGUUCGAUUCCUGUUAUUUUCUCAUACUUCUCUGAGUUUAUGCCUCGUUUGAGGCGAGGGGCAAUGAUCAGCGCUCUGGCCACUUUUUGGAUGGGUGGAAAUAUACUGGCAGCAGGUCUGGCCUGGUUGGUGAUUCCUCGAAAUUGGGCUCAUUUCGAGAGCUGGAGACUGUUCGUGGUGCUCUGCUCUGUCCCCAGCCUCAGCUCAGCUCUGCUCUUCAAAAUCCUGAUGCCCGAAAGCCCCAAGUUUCUCAUGGAGACUGGACAGGAGAAGGAGGCAGCUUGUGUCUUUCAGCUGAUGUUUAAGUUGAACACAUGGGGUAAAGGAAAGAGAAAGGAAUUUGCCUUAAGCGUUACUACAAGAAAUGACAGUAACACAACAACUUUACAGAAAGAACAACUCAUCGAUGUUUACAAAAAGGCUCUGUCUCCUGUCAGAGAGAUGUUUAAAGGUGUGUUAAGGACCCGGAGCACAGCUUUACUCAUCGUCUUCUACUGCAUCUCCUUUGGAUUCUAUGGCUUGUGGAUGUGGUUUCCGGAGCUGUUUAAAAGAGUGGAGGAUGGAGGCUCUCCUUGUGCCAAUGUAUCCAAGACGUACUCACUUCACAAUGAGAGCUGUUACCCAGUGAAGACGGCAGUUUACAUGGAGGGCUUCUUCAUCGCUGCGUCGAAUCUGCCUGGAAACAUCUUCACCAUCCUGAUGAUGGACAGCAUGGGAGGAAAGGCUCUUCUGUCCUUCAGCCUGAUGCUGUCUUCUCUCAGUGUGUUCCUGAUCUUCCUGGUGCAGACCAAAGCUCACACUCUGCUGCUGUCCUGUGUGUUCAGUGGAGUGUCUGUCAUCUCCUGGAACGCUCUGGACGUGGUGGGCACAGAGCUCUACCCUACUCACCUCAGGUCGUCUGCUCUGGGCUUUUUCACUGGAGUGGGCAGAAUAGGGGCGAUUAUGGGUAAUGGUUUUGGGCGUCUGGUGGACUCACACUGUGCGGUCCCCGUGCUGCUGGUGUCUGGACUCCUACUGACCGGAGGAUUCUUCGCUCUGCUACUGCCACAGACCAGACAGACGGAGCUCACAUGAUCACACUCCAUAACACGCCAGCAUCUCAUUUAGUUUCAAAAGUAUUCCACUUUUUCUGCUUUAUACAAGUUUAAUUUAAAUUGCCCAUAUUGCACUGUUUUCUGAUCUAUGCUAUAAUGUUGUUUCCUCAUCACAAACAGACUGGAGUUGUGUUUUGUUUCAUUCACACAUGUUUAACACUCAAACUCUGCAUAUUAAAGAGUUCUUCUCUCAAACUGAAAACACUAUGUUCCACCUCGCGAUUUCUCCUUCACUAGAAUCAUUUGAAUAAUUUACAGCCCUGGAAUUGUUUAUCUCUACUGAACAAAAUGUAAAAAGAAGCAUUAACAUGAAAACUAACACUGCAUCUCAUCACAAGGUGGAACAGAGCAUUUUGAGUUUUGGAGAUGUAGACGGACUGAUAAUAAAGAAUUUCUCAGAAAUGUGUGAAUGAAACAAAAUACAACUCCAGCUGUGUUUUUCAGGAGUGUAGUGGACCAAACAAAAAGUCAGAGACAAGGUAUAAAAAUAAUUUUAAAUUUAAUAAAGUCAAAAAUGGAGAUAAUUUAACAAAGGCUCAAAUUAAGCAAAUCAUGAACAAAAAAAAGCCGGGCCCAACUGGGGGAACUUAAAUCAAACUGAACAGAACAAAACAAACCCAACCAGACAAAGAACAGGGGUGUUUAAAUACAUGAGGGUCAACUAAAACUGAACACAAGAGAAUUACACUAAAUAAUUAACUAAAACUACUAACUUAAUCAAAGUAACAAGAAGGCAAAUAAUUAUAAUACAGAAAGUAAUAAGUGAUAAUAAAGUGACCUUAAUGCACCUUUGUUGAGUCAUUCAUGGUUUCUCCCAAGGGUCCUCCAUCCAGCACUCAAAAAAACAAAAAACCCAAAAUGAACAAGUGUAAGUAAAUAAUUCAAACUUAUAUUAACUAAAAUGUGUGCACCCAAAUUAGAAUAUAAGUCUAAUUAAAGGAAUUAAAUUACUGUGAUGUAAUUAAAUUAAUGUAAAUGAAAUGAAAUAAUACUGACACUAUGGAGUGGUGGCAGAGGUAACAACAUUUUAACACUUUACAUUUUUUUUGUUUUCAGUUUUGUGUAAUAUAGAACCUUUAAAUGGUAUUAACUUAGUAGUGAAACAAUUUCAAUCACAUCUUUCAUUAUAGACAGUAUUAUCACUUUUUUUUAGAUACAAGUAAAGGCUAAUGUGAAGAAUCAUUUUGUGGUGAAGAAAUUACAUUUAAAGGUGCGCUAUGGGGUCCCUCACCUGCUUGUUUCUAUGGGUAUGUGAUUGCUCUGCCUGGAAUGUUCCACCGUGUGACAUUAAACAGCUCUGCCUUACAUUUAUUCAAUUACAGAUGGUUUUACUGCUCAAAAACAUCUGGGAAAACGGGCAUUCUGACACAGAUCAGACCUGUAACUUGGUCUGGUUUGGUCUUUGUGAGGAUGGAAAGGUUUAAUGCCAUACUGUGAAACAUUCCAGACAAAGCAGUAACAUCUUCAUGGAGAAAAGCUACCAGAAAAGUGACACAAUGCACCUUUAAUGAGAAGGUUCUUAUGUUUUGUGUGUGAUAUUUGAGCAUUUCAUUUUGCAAGAAAAACUUUACACUUAGACUUGAGAUUUGCCUUAUUUAAUAUUGAGAAGUGCUAUAACGUGUACUAGAGCUGCUCAGUAUGACUAAACAUGACAUUUUAUAACUAUUUAUUAUGGGAAUUAUGAGUUUGUUUUUCAGUGUACUUUUUCAAACAGUAAGUUUAGUGAAGUAAUUUACGUUUUAUUUUUAUAAUUUCUCUAUGUAGGUUGAAAGUGAGGGGCUAAACAAGACCAAAACAGACCAAAAAGUGCCUAAAAAUGUAAAAUAAUGAUAAUAAUUGCAAUAGUUAUUUAUGGUGUAGUUGUUAUGAGUAACAGCUAAUAUUACACUAUUUUAUGAUGUCCUAAUGUUGUUUCCUCAUCACAAAUAGACCUGGAGUUGUGUUUUGUUCCAUUUACACAUGUUUAAUGCACAAGCCUUGUGUAUUUAGGCUGAGUUAUUCUCACAAACUGAAAACACUUUGUUCCACCUUGUGAUGUCAUGUGGUAAUACAGGAAGUGCUCCAAUCGUUUGAAUUAUUUCACUCCUGGAAUUUCCAAUCUUUACUAAUGGUAAAAUUUAACUGUUAACUUGAAAAUGAGGUGGAAGGUCACAAGUUGGAACAGAGCAUUUUGAACUUUGGACAUGUAAACAAACUAAUAAUAAAAGAUUACUCAAAUGUGUGAAUGAAACAAAACACAACUCCAGGUCUGCUUUUGAGAAGGAAAUGACGACAAUCGACAAUAUUAGAUGUGCUUAGUUGUAGGGAAGGUGUUCAAGGUGUCUAUGCAAUUGUCUUAUCUGUGAACUAAAAGGCCUUCUUUCUAUCUUUCAUUUUCCAAUUCUGUAUUUGUAGCGCACAAAGGAUCAAUCAAACAUUCCAGGCAUUUUGUAAUAUAUAUAAUGUCUAUGAUGCUUUAAAGCUGAUAUAACCACUCCAGAUUACCAAAGGAUAUUAAUGAAAGUAAUGAAAUUAUAUUUGUUGAUUUGUUAAAAUAAAGAUAUUGUUUUGUA